AUGGAAGGUGCCAACGGAUUUGGGAUCGAUUCCAUCCUGUCCCACCGAGCCGGGAGCCCCGCCGUGCCCAAAGGGGAACCGCUCAUGGGGGAAGGACGCUCCCCCUUGGAACUUAGUCCCCGCUCCGAAAUCAGCAGCGGCUGCCCGUCGCCCCACUCUCCCGGGAGGGAGUGCUUGGAAGCAGUAGCCCAGAGACAAGGUGUGGCAGUGGGGCUGGAGUCUCACCUCCAAGCGGGGCAAAUCUUGGCCCCUUCACAAUCCAGAACAGUGACCUCCUCCUUCUUAAUCAGGGACAUAUUGGCCGAUUGCAAGCCUUUGGCGGCCUGCGCCCCUUACUCCAGCAGCAAUGGACAGAGCGCGCAGGAGGCACCGGUUCGGAUUCCCCCCAAAUCCGGAGAGGACUUCCGGGAGAAGAUGGACAAGAACAACAGCAGCAACUCCUCUUCGGACACAGAAUACAAAGUGAAAGAAGAAGGGGACAGAGAGAUCUCCAGUUCCAGAGAGAGCCCCCCAGUGAGGCUGAAAAAGCCGCGCAAGGCCCGCACAGCCUUCACGGAUCACCAGCUGGCCCAGCUGGAGAGGAGUUUCGAGCGGCAGAAAUACUUGAGCGUGCAGGACAGAAUGGAGCUGGCCGCUUCCCUCAACCUCACAGACACCCAAGUAAAGACCUGGUACCAGAACAGAAGGACCAAAUGGAAAAGGCAGACCGCGGUGGGCCUGGAGCUGCUGGCCGAAGCCGGGAACUACUCGGCGCUGCAGAGGAUGUUCCCGUCGCCUUAUUUCUACCCGCAGAGUCUGGUGUCCAACCUGGAUCCCGGCGCUGCCCUCUAUCUCUACCGCGGGCCCAGCGCCCCGCCGCCGGCCCUGCAGAGGCCGCUGGUCCCCCGGAUCCUCAUCCACGGACUUCAAGGGGGCAGCGAGCCCCCGCCGCCCUUGCCCCCCCUGGCCGGAGUCCUUCCCCGGGCGGCUCAGCCGCGGUGA